AUGACAGUCGCCUACUCAACGGUACUAUCCGAUCACCACUCGGAGAAGCUCCCCUCUUUUAGAGAGCUUCUGCCCGAUCAUCUUCAUGAUGAAAUAGAGGGUGGAGUGUUUUAUACUCAGUCUAAUCAGAACUGGAGGCGUGGUUCGCUCCAGGAUACCAUGCCACCACCCACCCAGCGCGCUGAUAGGCUUCCAUCCAGACUGUUUGCCAGAGAUAGCCGGUUUGAUGAUGUAUCCUUGCGGCCAGACAGGUUCAUGGGAAACAGCGCCAAGUCGUCAAAUCUCCAGCAACCCCAUGUAGUGGAAUCAAAAUCCUCGAUGUCUGCUUCGCACUCGCAUUCGCGCCCUAAGCUUACCCUUAACGAGAUCAACCGAUCGUUACCCCCACCUAUUCCAUCCCCAUCAAGAGAAUAUUUCGUUAAGGUUUCGCCGAACGCCAACAGCAACGCCAUAUACGCACCCUUGAACAGUCGAGGAAGAAAUGAGGGAGAAUUAUCAAACUACUCGAUAUCAUCUCCCAGAAGUCAAUUUUCUUUCGAUUCGUCGAAUUUUUCACAUUCAUCCUCUCCAGUCAACAUGGUCUCUUCCUGUGAUUGUCGUGAUCAACUGUCGUAUCCCUCAUCAUAUGAGCAGCCUCACGCUUGCGACAGGACUUAUUCUCAAUCAGCAUUUGGCCAUUUCAGACCAGCGUCAGGCUAUUGCUUGUCAGAAUGUGAGCUUGGAGAUAUGAGGGAGAAAAAGCGAAGAGGAAACCUACCAAAGCCGGUCACUGACAUGCUCCGAGCUUGGCUAUGGGAGCAUCUUGAUCAUCCAUACCCAACUGAAGAGGAUAAACAAAUAUUUAUGAGCCGGACCGGAUUGACUAUUAGUCAGGUAAGCCUUCAUCUAUAUUCUAUUGACACGGCACCCUUCAACACGGACUGA